GGGUUUCCAGCUGGGUUGGGUUUUCUUCUCUCUUCUUUUCCCUCCUCCUCCCCGGGCCCUGUUCGCUUCCUUCCCCCGCGCCGCGCUCCGGGGAGGAGGCAGGAAGGGGAUGGAGCAGCAGCUCCGCGCCGGGAUGCGUUAACGCCGCCGGGCACCGCGACCUGCCCGGUCCUCGGCUCUCCUCCCUCCAGGCGAAGUUGAUCUUCCCAAGCAGCUCUGCGAUGGCCUCAGGGAACCAGGAUGGCCCAGCGAGGGCACAGGGACAAGAGGGCAGCAGCAGACAGCAGCACUCACAGGAGCUCGAAUCAGAAAACCAAGUGGUGGAGGAGGCCGAGGAGGUGUUCCGCGGCUACGCCUUCUACCGCUACCGGCAGGAGCGAGAGGAGCGAGGGGAGGAGGUGCCCCCGGCCCCGGAGUUGGAGGAGUUCCAGCAGGAGGAGAGCUACAGCACGGGCAGCCAGGUGGGGCGGCGCUUGGCCAUCAUCGGCGACGACAUCAACGAGCGCUACGACCAAGAGUUCCGCUGCAUGCUGAAGUCUCUGCAGCCCAACAGGGACAAUGCCUAUGAGUACUUCACCAGGAUAGCCUCCAGCCUGUUCGAGAGCGGCAUCAACUGGGGCCGCGUGGUGGCGCUGCUGUGCUUCGGGUACCGCCUGGCGCUGCACGUGUGCGGGCAGGGCGUGCGCGGGUUCCUGCGCCGCACCGCCCGCGGCCUGGCCGAGGUCCUGCUGCGGCACCGCAUCGCCCGCUGGAUCGCGCAGCAGGGAGGAUGGGUGGCCGCGCUCAAGCUGGACAAUGUGUACGUGAACUACAUGCUGGUGGUGCUGGCGCUGGUGCUGGUGGCGCAGGUGGUGGCGCGGCGCUUCUUCAGGCCCUGAGCGGCGCCGGGCAGCGGCUGGGCGGCUCUGGCCGAGCGCUCGGACCUCUGCGCCGCGUUGGCAUCUCCCGGGGGAGGGAGGAUUCAAGGAGCCUCUGGGAAACAGCAGCUCGGACCUGCGACCCUCGGGGCCCAGCGUCUCUGCCAUCUCUGCAGACACCGCCCGGAGCUGCGCAGAGCAGCAGCGUGAGGAAGGUUCAGCUUUGUCUGUUUCGUGCCUUGGCUGCUGGGGACAGCAGGACUGUGACGCUGCAGCACCCAGCAGUGAGCCACAACAGGCUGCUCUGCAGCCGAACGUCUGAAGGAACACACUUGUGACAAUGGGGGGAGGUCCUCUCCCCUCCCUGGGAGGUGCAGAGCUCCCCUCUUGCUGGUGGCUCCAGCCCAGGCCAUGACUGCACCUGAAGAGGGAUUGCAGCCCUGGCUGCUGCAGUCGUGGUCUGCAGGGGCCAGCACCGGCCCGGGCGGGGCUGCCUUUCACCUCCCCUCUGUUCCUGAGCCUCCUCCUCCCUUUUGAGCAGAGUCCUGACCCUUUCGUAAAGAAACAGGCUGGCAGCCUGCCUGCUGGCAGGGCCUGCCCCUGGCACAGGCAGCACUGGCACAAAGGUUGCCCUGCCAGAGCCUGAACCUGCAGCUCUCCGUGGCCGCGGCAGGUGCUGGGCUGCAGCCCCACUGCUCUCACGGCUCAAGGCUCCUGUGGCAGAACAAGGAGGCAGCAGCAGGUUUCCAGACACUACAAAGGGCAGAGACACCCUCCUGCCCUCCUCCACUUCGCUGGCAGCUGCUGGGCAGCAGAGCUGGCUGCUGGCACACGAGCAGCACGUUUGUGGCCAGUUGGUCUCCCUUGCUCUAGCUGGGAGGCUCUGGAGCUGCAUCCCAUCCCUGUACAGCUCUUUGCCUUCAGGGCAGGGUGGUGCAGGCACAUCCUGCUUAAGCCCAGGGCUGCCGUUUUGGAGCUGCCCAGACAGCAGAGCCCAGCCCCUCCUGGGCACAGGCACAGUGCCCUGGGGAAGGGACUUGACCUGGUUCCCUUCAGGACUAAGGCUCCAGCAGCAUUUUGGGGAAGGGAAGGGAGGGAAGCAGGCUCCACACUCCCAGAUCUUGCCGGGAGAGCCUCCCAGCAUGGCCACAUGGUUUAGGUCUGUGCUUUUCACUUCAGGUGAUUCUGGAGCUCUUGAAACUGUGACUGGCCCUGUCUGAGCCAAACUCACCCUGCCCCAUCAGCAUCUCGAGCAGGUCAGACAGCGCGGGGGGGAGCUGCAGAGACCCCAGAGGCAGGGGGCGAGCGUGCUGCUGUGUCUGGGCUCCUCUCACCUCUGGGCUGGGCACUGGGACAGCUGGAGCCACAGUACCACAGCCCUGAGCCUCCUGCCCUCUGGGGCCUCUCCAUGCUGGUUGGAGCAGGGAACUUGGUGGUGCUGCCACAGGAGGGGCUGAGUGACCACAACUGACAGUGCCCCCACGCAGCUCUGCAGCCUGGGGGUUGCCAAAGGGACAGAGCUCAGCUCCCCUGUGUCCUCCCCUGCUGUCGCCAGCUGUGCUGACCACCUCGAGAGCAGUCCUUCUGCCCUGCUGUGCUGGAGGCGAUCCUGGCAGCUGAGCUGGUUGUGAGCCACUCCAGCACUGCCUCCCCAGAUCUCCAGUUCCUACCUUAGUCACCACCUCCAGGUGGAUUUCCCCCCCUCAGUUUGUGUGCCUUGCUGCCGCCGAGGCUGACUGCCGCAGGUCUGCCCCCGCACACAGGCAGGACCCCUCACAGCCUUGCUGCACACAGCCGCAGAGGCUCAGCAGGACCUCAGCUCAGCGCACAGCCCUCCUGCUGCUGCCCCGCGGCGAACCUUGCAGCUGCUCCCCGGCUCCUCCUGAGCUUUUCCUUUGGCCCCUUUGUUCUGCAGUGCUCUGGGCUGUGCUUCACGGACAAGCAUUAAAGUGUUUGCUGUGCUCCGGCUCUGCCCCAGGUCUGCUGUCAUUGCUGUGCCGAGCAGCACAAACGCCCCAGGGCAGCUCCACGCUCAGGUUCUGCCUCUGCAAGCAGCUGAAGUGUGCCCUUAGCUCACCUGCCCUCCCGUGCGUGUCUCUGCCUUCAUCCACACAACUUCCCUGCCGCUAUGUCACCUCUCGAGCAGACCCGGAGAGUCCCUCAGGCUCUGCCGACCCUGGGGUCAGCCAAUCUCGCCAGCUUGGCAUUCUCCGGGUGCCCAGCCCCGCUCCUUGCCUUCUCCUCUGGGCCAGAACACCACCAGAUGGAGCCUUUCGGCCACGAGGGAAGUGAACUUCUGAGGGCUGGGUUCCUGCUCUCUUCACCAGCCUUCAUCAUCUCUUCUCCGUGUGCCACCAUCCUCCAGGCCAGUUCUGGGCCCUGGCCGUGUGCCCAGCAGGCUCUCUUAGAGCAGGAGAGCAGCUUUUAUCCACUGCUUCACACUCCAAGAACUCUAAGGGGUUGCAGAGAUCUCUGCUGGUACUGAGGGCUGUGCUGCUUGCAGUGAGCUCUCACCUUCCACCCCAAGGCAAGCCCUGAGGCCAGCAGCCUGGGGGUGGAGAACAUUCUCCAGCUUUCUGGUAGCUGCUCAGGCCUCAGCAAAGCCUCUGGGAGCAGGGCAGAGGGAACCUUCCCAAGAGGUGCAGCAGCCAGGCAGAGUUCCAGGUGUGAAAUCCUCUUGAUCCCUUUCCCAGGGAUGUGCAGGGAGCACUGCCUCAGGACAGCAGCCUUCUGGUCUCCCUCUGCCUCUCAGCUGCCCCUGUCCCCAGGGAGGGGCUGUGAAUGGGUUGCUGGUCCCUCUUUGGCAACAGCACUGUGGGGGCGGCCACCUGGGUGCUGGGUUCAAGGGCUGAGAGGAGCUGAGCUCCCAGGGAAAGGCAAAGGGCUGGGAGCCUGAAGGGUCUCCUUGGCUGAGUCCAUCUGAGAGCAUUUCCUGCUCCCACCCUCUCCAGCUCUUUCCUUCUGGAUGCAAGAAUCUGCCUGCACCGUUGGGAGGCUUGACAGGAGCACCUCUCCCCUCUGACCCUUCCUCCUGCUGUGAGCCAAACCCUGAGCCAGGCAACUGCUCGCUGUGUGCCUGGGGCUGGUGGCAGCCUCCCGUGAAGCUGCUGCUGGGGCCGGCCCCUGGUGCUCGAACCCACACUCACCACUCCUCUGCUCCUUCCUUGCCUUUCUCACCGUCUCAGUGUGCCUGGGGCUCCACACAGCUCUGUCCCACCUCCCAGGAAGCCUCUAGUCCACCCCAGCACUGCAGGAGGGGGCAGGGCUCAUGAUGGAGCAGUAGAGCUUUGUGCUGACUCUGGAGGGGAGGACACUUGGUCCACGCCUUUUCUUUCAGGGGGAGGGAGAGGAAGAUGGUUCAUGGGUUGGGCUCCUUGACCUUCAGAUCUUUUCCAGCCUCAAGGAUGCUGUGAUUCUGGGUGGCCAGCAGCAGCAGGGAGCUGGGAAGGAGCUGUGCCUGUGGGCAGCCAUUGCCCAGGCAGGUCACCCUCCAGGGGCAGGCAGAGGGCCUCGGGGGGGUUGUUUUUACCCUUUGCUUCCAUGAAUACUCUGGUUUGAAAUGAUGCAAUAUAGGUACCUGUGGAAUAAAACUGGGUCUUGCAGUGCAAA